CAGCUAUUAGAAGAUUGGCUAUCUUUUGUUUUCUGAUUUUCAAAUAUAUUGUUAUCAAGCUUUUUAUAGCUUUGUUGUCCAGGAAAAGGGUAAGUAUUCGUAGAAUACUUAUGUCGAUCCAUAUUCACUUUUUUUUUUUUUAUUUCAAGUAGCAGUUUGUGUAUUGUCUCAAUCUUAACUGUAAGUAUUCUUAACUUUUCAUCAAUUUCGUCUCUAUGCAGCUUAACUAUUUCAUCUAAAUUAGUAAUUUCACUUUUUAGUUGUGAUGUUGUAGCUUGAGUAACAGUGCGUAGAGUAUUUAAGUUAACAGCAUCACUUAAGGAGGUUCGAUAGAUCUCUGGCGGGGCAGGCGGUGCGGGGGGCACGCCUAUGCUUAUACACGGGGACCUCGCUGUAGUACCAACCUUAGAUAAAUUAAUUUGAGCGAACUAAAUAUUCUAUUUAUGUGUGAAUUUUUAUUACAAAUAUUAGCUUUUGUCCUUUUUUCGCAUUACAAGUGAAUCAAUUAACUUUUUAUUUGAAUAAAAGUGCAUAUUCAUUAAUUAAAAGCAUCCAGAACUUUGAAGUGAAAUCUGGCAACGCUGCAUAUUAGUGUCGUGUAAUCUUAUAAGGUGGCUACGCUGUGCUGAGAUUGUAUACAGUUUCUACGGCGUAAACAUGAAUGAGCGUCCAAGAUACAAAGGGAAAAUAAUGACAGAAAAGCAGUAUAAAAGGCGUAUGAAACAAAUAGAAAGUGGAUUAAUGAGAAAAAAGGAAAAAGUGCAAACCAAGAAUCAAUGUGAUGACGACCAACAAGCUGAGUGCAUGAUAGAACGACGCCGCAUUAUAGAUUUGAAGGUUAUGGCGCAACAUCUUUACUGUUCAUUUUGUACGGAGAUUCUUUCUCUUGAAGACAUAGAGAAAGAAGCAAAGAAAGGAUUGGCUUCAGAUUUUACGGUUAGAUGCAGAAAAUGUCUUGCAACAAGUAUUGUUCCUACAAGCAAAGUGCAUCUAGGACCUAAUGGACAGCUUUUAUACGAUAAUAAUACGAAAGCUGCUCUUAGUGCAAUACACAAUGGAAAUGGACAUACAACUCUAAAAAAAUUCUGUGGCUCGAUGAAUAUGCCAUGCAUGACUGCAAAAACUUAUAAAUCUUACGAAAGAGAAAUUGGACCUGUCAUUGAGAGCGUAGCCAAGGAAAGUUGUCUAGAAGCUUGUAAAGAAGAAAAACGUUUAACGAAGAGUCAAUUAGACAUUCUACAAAAGCGUUUGUAAGUUUAUUUGGAUCAAUGAGAAUUUAAAAUCAUAAGAAUGAAUUCUAAUCUUUGAUUUUUACACGCUGAAAUUGUACAUUUUUUUUAAUUUUGAUUAAUUAUUAACGAACAAUGAUGAGUCAAUUAGACAUACUACAAAAGCGUUCGAAAGUUUAUUUGGAUCAGUGAGAAUAUAAAAUCAUAAGAAUGGAUUCUAAUCCUUAAUUUUUACACGAUGAAAUUGUACAUUUCUUAACUUUGAUUAAUUAUUUAUUUUUGGUAAGGAGAUUGAUUUUUUUUGUAGUCCCAGUUGUGAAAUUACGUAACUUUCAAGCUGUUUAUCAAAAUCUUAUUUACUAAUUUUGUGUAUAUUACAUAUUUAAACUUUUAUUUUCUAAUUCAUUAUUUAUAAAGAAAAUAUUGAAAGUAUGAAUUGGCUUCAAUGAAAUUUAUUUUAGUUUGGUUAUUUUAGAAAUUCAGUUAUACUAACAGUUUUUGCUCAAUUUUAUGGAAAUAGAACCUUAAUUAAUAAUGAGAUAUUUCUAAUAAAUAAAACAGAUGUUGAA